AUGAAUAUAUUGCAGAAGGAUAAAAGAAACGAAAAACAAAGUAGAGAACAUUACUUAGGAAAAGAGAGAAGAAAGGAUAUUUUUUUGCUUUAUAAUAAUAGAAAUACAGAAUAUGAGAGGAGAAUUUUAAAGAAUAGUAGUACUAGGAAAUAUAAGAAUGCUAAAUUUAUAAAUACAACAAAUUUGAAUUAUCACAAAUAUUAUUAUACAUAUUCUAUAAAUAAUAUGAGUGAAAAAAAAAAAAAUUGUAGGAUGAAGAAAAAUGAUAAAGAAAAAGAGAAUAUAAUAUUAAAUAAGAAAAGAAAUAUUCAUGAAAAAUAUAAGUUGAGUGUGAAAAGAAAUAACAAAAAUAAAAAAUAUAACAUAAAAGAUAGUAAUAUGAAAGAAAUGUAUUUAACAUAUGAUGCAUCACAUUCAGAUAUAUCUGAUGGUGUAUCAUUAUAUAAUGAAAGUAAUGAUAAUAAAUUUUUUAAAUUGAAUAUGGACACAUCUAUGGAUAAAAAUGAUUUAAUAAUUGAAGACGUAACAAAAAAUGUUUUAUUAAAUAAUAUGUUAGAUGAUGAUGAUGAUAAUAAUAAUAAUGAUGACAAUAAUAAUAAGAAUAGUUUAUAUUUAUCAAAUUGUGAACAUGAAAAAGAUAUAAUGGAAUAUACUACAAGUGGCCAAUAUUAUGAUGAAACAAAUAAUAUAAAUAAUAAAAAUACAAACAUCAUUAACAAUAUUGAUAAUAGCAACAAAUACGACAAUGCUAGUAGUAAUAACUUAGAUUACUGCACAAAUAAAUAUGAUGUUAUUAUUGAAGAUCCAGACAUGAAUUGUGAAAUGGAGACAAUGAUAGAAAAAGAUAAUAUAUUAACAAAUCAUACAGAUGAAAAUUAUAUAGACCUAAAUAAAAGUUUUAAUAAAAACAUUAGAUCCGAUAUUAAUGAAAUAAAUAAUUUAAGUACUAUAAAUCGAGUUGAAUAUUUAACUUAUAUACAAUCAACUAGUAGUGAAAAAGAUAAUAUGAAUAAUGAUACAUUGUAUGGGGAUAAUAAUUUGAUACAUACUCAAUGUGAUAAUAAAGAAAUGUUAUAUAUACCCAAAAAUAAUAUAAAUGUUAAUAACAUGAUGAAUAAUUAUCAUACAUAUAUAGAUCAUGCAAAAAAUAAUUAUUUAAAUUUAAUUGAAAAUAAUACAAUGAGUGAACACCAAUUAUUGUAUGAUGACGAUAUUGUAAAUGAAGACAGAAUAGAAGGAAGUUACACAAAUGAAAUAAGCAGCACAAAUAAUGUACCGGGUGAUAAUAAUAGUAAUAAAAGUAAUAAUAAUAAUAAUAAAAGUAAUAAUAAUAAUAAAAGUAAUAAUGAUAAUAAUAAUAAUUUUUAUUAUUAUAAUAAUAAUAGUGAAUGCUCAUCAUUAUUAAAUGAUAACAAGGAUACAUUUUUUCAUUCCAAUUAUACAAUAAACAAUAUAACAAAUGAAGUACAAGAUAAAAGUAUUUAUAAUAAUAGUAAUAAUAUGUAUGAAAAUGGAUUAAGGAAUAAUCUAUCAAGCGAUAUAAACCUUACUUAUACAAUUAAUAGUAAUUCUUCAAAUGAUGAGAAUAUAUGUGAUGUAAAUAAUAAGUUAUAUGACUCAAAUUAUUUAACACUAAAUGUAAACCCUUUGAAUUAUAUGGAAAAUAAUUUAUGUGAUAAUAAAAUGUAUGAACUAACCGAUUAUUAUAAUAAUUCUUUUGUAAUUAAUGAGAAAAAUAAAAAUAACAUGAAUUUGUAUCAUCAUUCUUCAAUGAAUGUAAAUAAUUUAAAUAUCACUGAAGAUUUUAAAAGGGAUGGAGAUUACAAUGGUAGUACGGCAAUAUAUAACACGAUAGAGAAUAAUAAUAAUAAUAAUAAUAGUAAUGGUGAUGAUGGUAAUAAUUGUCAUGUGGGCCAUAAUAUUCACAAUAUAAAUAAUGUUUAUAACAUUAAUAAUAUUCAUAAUAAUAAUAUGAAUAGUAUUAUUAAUAAUGAUAGGCGCACUAAUAGUAUAGCUAGCGAUGAACCAAAAACUAAUAUAACCAAUCAAAAGAUAGGGAAAAAUAAUAUUGACAAAGUAAAAAUUAUUUCAAAUAACAACAGCUGUACAAAUUAUGUUAAUGAUGUUAAUACAAGUUGUUCAAAUAAUAAUAGUAAUCAUGAUAAGAAGAUUCCUUUUAAAAAUGAUGAUUAUGAUACUGAAAUGGAAGAAAUGCAAGUAAAAAAAAGAGAAUUUAAAAAUAUGAUUUUAAAUAAUAAAUCUGAAUUUACUACAAUAAAUGAAAACGAUGAAUUAUAUAAAACUGUUUUAUAUUUUGAAAAAAAAAAUAAGAAAAUUCUAAAAAUGAGAAGAUCAUUAAAAAGAAAAAGAAAAUCCCCAAAAAAUGAAAAUUUGGAAAAUGACUCUUAUGCUAUGCAAGAUGAUAAUAAUAUAAAUGAGGGUCAGAAGAAUGAAAAUCAUUCUAAUGAUAUAUUAAAUAAUCAGGUUGUAAAUAACUCAAAUGAUAUUAACGAUAAAAAUAUGAUGCAUUUGAAAGUGGAGCAACAAGAAGAUGCUGAUAAUAAUGGUAAUAAUAAUAAUAAUAAUCAUAAUCAUAAUCAUAAUAGUAAUAAUAAUUUAAGUGUUCAUAAAAAAUAUACUGAUAAUGAAAAGAAUCUAUUAUUAGUAUUAUCAAAUCAGAAAGAUCAUAGUAAUGGUAACAACAUGGAGAAUAAUCGUAAUAUUGAAAAUAAUGCAAUGUUAAUAAUUCCAAAGAAAAAAAAUAUCUCAACAAAUGUUAAGGGUGUGAAAAGAAAUACAAAGACAAGAAAUCAACAAAGUGAUACAAAUGACAUGUGUGUUAAUAAUGAUGAAAUGUGUGGUGAUAAUGGGAAAACCCAGAAAGGUGUAAACCGGAAGGUUGGCCCAGGAAGGAAAAAAAAUGUAAAUUUUAAGAUGGAAGAAAAUGCCGAUACUAAUGUUAAUUAUGAAAAAAUAAAUAUAAAUAAUAAUAAUAAUAAUAAUAAUAAUAAUAAUAGUAAUGAUAAUAAUAUUAGUAAUAAUAGUAAUAGUAAUAAUAACAAUAGUAUUGAUAAUAAUAAUAAUAUUAGUAAUACCAUGAAUGGGAGAAAAAAAAUUAAAAAGUUAAAAAGUGUACAAACGUUAAACAAUAAAUGUAAUAAUAACGUGGAUUUAUCAUGUAUAAAUAAAAUAAAUAAUAACAAUCUAAUGGAUUAUACCGUAACAGAUUAUAGUAGUGGGAACAGUGCGAUAUUAAUUGAUAAACAAAAUUGUGAAACGGAUUAUUUAGAAAAUGUUCAAUAUAAUCAUACUCCUAAUAUAUCAUUAAAUGGAUUAACAUAUAAUGGAGUUAUGGUAAAAUGUGAAUUAUCUGAUGGUAAAAUGGAUAAUAAUAAUAAUAAUAAUAAUAAUAAUAAUAAUAGUAAUAAUAUAAUUACUGCUAGUUGUAAUAUAAAAGAGGAGCCUGUUGAAAAUAUGACCUGCGUAUAUGAAAACAAAAAUAAUAUUAAUAAUAGUAACAAUAGUAAUAAUAUUAAUAAUAGUAAUAAUAUUAAUAUUUGUAAUAAUAUUAAUAUUUGUAAUAGUAGUAACAAUAAUAGUAACCAUUUUACUUUUAUGUCGAAUCAUAAUAUUGAACAGAAUGAAUGCGGGGGAAAAAACAAUAAUCAAACUAUCGAUCAUAGCGAAGAAUCAAAUAACGUUAAGGGAAAAGGAAAAGGUAUUAGAAGAAACUUAAGAGGUAGAAAAGGAAAAAAUAAAAAAGAUGAUGACUAUUUUUAUGAAGAAGAGAUACAUGAUGAAAAUGUAGCAAAGAAGAGAAAUAAAAGUAAAAAUAAAAAUACUUUAAAAAGAAAUAAAAAAUGUGAUGAUAAUAAUAUUAAUUCUCAUAUGGGAAUAAUGAAUACACAAAAUGUUCAAGAAAAUAAUACUGGGAAUAUAACUCUUAAUGAUAAUAUAAAUAAAUCUAAUACAAAUUAUAGAUUUUCGAAUAAUAUACAAGUGAAAAAUGAAAAUAUAAAUAAUAACACAUUAUAUAAUGAUAUAUCAACAAUAUAUAAUAAUAAUAAUAAUAAUAUAAAUGUGAAUGUAAUAAAUGGUAAUUCAGAAAAUUGUAUUACCAAUGAAAAUCAUGAUAAUCAUAAUACAAAUAAAAGCAUAUCAAAUGAUAAAGAUUAUUUAUCAAAUAUUAAAUGUGAUAUAUCAUUAAAUACUAAAACUGAACAAAAUGAUGAAGUAAAAUCAAAAAGGAAAACAAAGAAAAAUCCGACGAAGACUAAUAGUAGUAAAGUUCCUAAGAGUAAAACUGAAAAUAAUGGAGAAAAAAAAGUUAGAAUAAAAAUUUGUUUAGAAGAUUUUUUUAAUAAAAAUAAGGAGAUAUAUAAUGCAAUUGAUAUUUUUUCAAGUGUUAAUGUUAUUAAUUUGCCAUCUAUAGAAGAUGAAAAUUCAAUUGAUUUAUUAUUGGGAAAUUCGAAGGAAAAUGAAACAAAAAGUAAUAAUAUACAAAAUUUAAAUGAUGAAAAAAAUGAUGUACACAAUAUAAAUGAUGAAAAAAAUGAUGCACACAAUUUAAAUGAUGAAAAGAAUGAUGAACACAAUUUAAAUGAUGAAAAGAAUGAUGAACACAAUUUAAAUGAUGAAAAAAAUGAAGUACAAAAUUUAAAUGAUGAAAAAAAUGAUGUACAAAAUUUAAAUGAUGAAAAAAAUAAAGUACCAAAUUUAAGUUUAAAUGAAAUGGAAAAUAGUAACGAAAAUGUUAUUGAAAAAUUAUCUGAUAAUACAAAAAUUAUAAAGAAAAAUAAUACAAUAUGCUCUAAUUGUCUUUAUGCUUAUAAAAUUCAAAUAUGUAAGAGGGUUGAAAUGUUUAAUUUUUUUGGAGGAAAAAAUGAUGGAUUAGAUAAGGAUGCUUUAAAAGAAGGUAAAAGUAAUAAUACUACUACUAAUAAUUUAGAUAAUAAUAAUAAUAAUUUAGAUAAUAAUAAUAAUAUGGAACGAUCAAAUUAUCAGAAUAAUAAUUAUUGUUAUAUGAAUAUUUGUGAACAGAUGACAAAUAAUAAUUACAUUGAUAUAAAAUUAUAUAAAGAUUUAGUAAAAGAAAAUAAAUCGUUAGAAAAUUAUUUUAAAAUAACGUUUUAUUGUUUAUGUGGUUAUUUACAAUAUAUUAAAGAUGAUUCAGAUUGGAAACAAAUUAUAAAUUGUUAUUAUGAUGAAAAAGAUGAAUUAAAACCAAAGGCACCUCAUAUAUUUUGUAUAAAAUGUAAAGAAGUAUUAGUUACGAAUAGAUUUCUUGAUAAAGAUAAAACAAAAAUUAUUAUGAUUUGUGAAUGUGGUAGUCGAAAUUAUGAUCGAAUUAAUUCUUAUUGGAUAAGAAGAGGAAAUAUUAAACAACGAAAAGCACCACAAAUAUUAUGUGAGGAAUGUAAUUCAAAAAUGUGGGUACAUACAUGGUUAGAUGAUAUAGGAUCUAAAGUGAAAUUAUUAUGUAAAUGUGGUUUUAAAAACUUUUUAAAAAAAAAUAAUAAUUGGGUCAGAAGCCCAAGGUGGAAAAAACCUGUGCCAUUAAUAAUUUGUAAUUCUUGUCAACAGAAAAUGUAUAUGAGUCAAUGGCUAAAUAAUGAUGGAACAAAAGUAAAAAUGAAAUGUGAAUGUGGCUGGAAAACUUUAAUUAAAGAAGGAAAUACAUGGGUUAGAAGUGAAUGGUCAAAAAAAUUAUUAUGUUUAAGAUUAGUAAAAAAUCCAGAAUUAUUACAAAAGAAAUAUAAUAUUCAUUCAAGAAGGAAAGGUAAAUCAAAUUCAAAUGAAUUAUAUGAUGAUGAUGAUGAAGAAGAAAGGGAUGGAGAACAAGAAGACGAUCAAGAUCAACAUCUACAACAAAUUGAAACAAUUGAUACUUAUAAGGACAAUAUGAUUAAAAAUAUACAACAACAGAAUAAUGAGUCUUAUUCGUUUAUUAAUAGUUCCAUAAAUCAUAAUGAAAAGUUUAAUAACGAAUUAAAUAAUAAUAAUAAUGAUAAUAAUAAUAAUGAUAAUUAUAUUAAUCACUCAUUAAUAUUAAAUAACGUUGAAAAUAAUGUAGUAAAAUCAGCUAAAAAGAGUACUAAUAAAACAAGAAAGAAUAAUAAAUCCUUAAAAAAUAAAGAACAAAAUGAAACAGUGAAUGAUAUGAAAAAUAAUAAUAUAUCUUCAAUAGAUAUAAAGGAACAAAUGACAGAUUCUGUCAUGACUAAAAUUGAUGACAAGAAAAAUAAAAGGAAGAAAAGAACGACUAAAAUGAACAAUAUAGCAAUUAAUACGAAUAAUAAUAACAAUAAUAAUAACAAUAAUAAUAAUAAUAAUAUUAUGAAUAGUAUAGAUAAUGUGAAUAAUACAAAUAAUAUAAAUAAUUUAUAUCUAAAUUAUGAAAAUAAUCAAAAUAAUGAUGAAGAUUCCAAUAAAGCAUAUUUAAUUCCUAGUAAUGUAACGCAAUCAAAUGACUUAAUUUUGAAUCAAUAUAAUAUGAUGAAUAAUUUGAAAGAAAAUAAUAAGAUAAUUGAAACGAAUGUCCCUGAAACUGUUCCAAUUGUAAAAGAUAAAAAGAGAAAACAAAAUAAGAAAGUACAGAAGGCAAUAAAUGAUAAUAAUGAUAAUAAUAAUAAUAAUAAUAAUAAUAAUAAUAAUAAUAAUAGUAAUAAUAGUAAUAAUAAUAAUGUGGUGGGAGGUAAAAACAAUAAUGACGACAUUGUACCAUGCAAUAAUAUCAAACCCAUUAAUAAGAAAUGCAGAAAAGUUACGUUUAACAAAAAGAAUGAAAAAUUAAACGAAGAAAUUAAAAAUUCAGAAAUUGUUGGAACAUUAAUAACUGGUAUUAAUAUAACAGAUAGCCAAUUAUAUAAAUCGGGUCAAUCUGAAGAGAAAAUUAUGUUAAAUGGAAAUGGCAUAUUAUUAUUAGAAGAUAAUAUAAAUAAUAACGUUAAUGAAAGUCCUGAAAAAGUAACAAAUAUAUCAAUCAAUAUGAAUCCUUCAUAUGAUUUUUAUAACAAUGAAGAUGGUUCUACCGUAAUUCCUGAACACAAUGAAAAUAAAAAUGAAAAUUAUAAUAAAAUAUAUUAUCAAAAUUCAUAUUACAUUGUUUCAAAUUAUUAUGAUUGUUAUGGAAAGAAUUACUAUAACCAUGGAGAUAUUUCCACUUACAAUGAAAAUGAUCUUAUUAAUAAUAAUGAUAAUAUAGAAUGUACAAUAAUUACUACGACUAAUAAUAAUACUACUGCUGAUAAUAAUAAUAAUAAUAAUAAUAUAAAUAUUGAUGAUAACAUUAAAAAUAUUGAUACUAUUGUUAACAAUAGUGAUAAUAGUAUUAAUAGUAAUAAUGAUAUUAAUAAUAUUAAUAAUAUUAAUAGUAUUAAUAAUAAUAAUAAUAAUGAUGAUGAUAAUAAUAAUGUCGAGGAUGGAACCAAUACAAACUUUUAUGAAAACUAUUUACCAAAUAAUAAUUUCCAAAUAAUUAAUAACAAUUAUGUUAUGUCUUAUGAUAUGAACGUUACAGAUGAAUAUUUAGAUGUUAAUAAAAAAUUCUCCGAUAAGCAUGAAAUAUUGAUACCUUUAGAAGGUUAUGAUAAAAAGAAAUAUAUAAUUGAGAAUAUCAAAAAAUUUAAUUAUAAUAUUAGCGAAAUGGAAAUGAAUUCCAUAUUGGAAAAUUUAGAUGACAAUACAUUAAUUGAUACAUUUAUUGAGAAUGUAAUAGAUAAAGAUGAAAUAGAAAAAAGUAAGUUGGAUGAUAAUGAUGUGACUGGAAAUUAUUCAAAUGAAUUGUAUCCAAAUAAAAUAUAUGUAGAUAGUAUGUAUACUUAUGAUAAUUAUCCAAAUGAUAUAUAUGAAAAUGAAAUAUAUUCUAAUGAAAUGUAUAAAAAUGUUGUAUAUCAGAAUGAAUAUUAUCAUAAUAUUCUUGAGAAAAAUGGUAUUAAUAAUUUGGAUAUUGAUAUUAAUAUGGACAUGGACAUGGACGUGGACAUGAACAUGGAUAUUGAUAUUAAUAUGGAUAUGAACAUGGAUAUGAAUAUGGAUAUUAAUAUGGAUAUAAACAUGGAUAUGAAUAAUGUAAAUAUGAAUAAUGUAAAUAUGAAUAAUGUUGAUAUGAAUAAUAUUGAUAUGAAUAAUGUCGAUAUGAAUAAUAUUGAUAUGAAUAAAGUUGAUAUGAAUAACAUUGAUAUUAAUAAUGCCGAUAUGAAUAAUAUUGAUAUUAAUAAUGUUGAUAUGAAUAAUGUCGAUAUGAAUAAUGUCGAUAUGAAUAAUAUUGAUAUGAAUAAUGUCGAUAUUAACCAUAUUAAUCGUAAUAUAAACGAUACUAAUGUUGAAAAUAUUAGUAAUAAUAAUAUGGAUAUUCAAAUUAGUGUUAAUAAUGUGGAUAAUAAAAAUGCUGAUAUGAAUUUAAAUCAUAUGGAAAAAAAAAUAAUCGAAAAUGAUAUAAACAAUAAUAUUAUAAUUAAUGAUAAUAUUAUUAAUAACAAUAAUAAUAUUAGUAGUAGUGAACAUAUGAAUACAAAUUAUGAAAUGUUGGAAAAGAUGAAUGCUGUUGAAAAUAAUAGUUCAUUAAAUAAAACAUUAAGAGAUAAUAAUUUUAUGAAUUCAAAUAUGCUUAAUUUUAAUAUAAAAAAUAAUACAAAUAAUAGUAAUCCUUUUAAUAUCGCAAAGGAUAUAAAUAUUUUGGAAAAACAUAAUUUAGAAAGGAAUAAUAAUAUUUUGGAAGAAACUGGUAGUUUAAAAAAUAUGACAAAUAAUGUAAUAUUGAAUUGUAAUAAAAAUAUAAUUGAUAAAAAUAUUAUUAGUAAUACCUUUGAUAAGGUUACAAAUGAAAACAUCUCAACAUUGCAAAAGAAUUAUUAUGAAAACGAAAAAAAUAACUUGAUAAAUAAUACUAUUAAUAAUGUAAACAAUAAUAUUAAUGAUGAUAAUAAAAAUAAAAACAUGCAAAAUUAUGGAUCUGAUAUUGAUAACGGUUCCUCUUUAAUUAAUUCUCCUUAUUUUUCAAACCAGUAUGAAAAUGUUAUUACACAUAUGUACGUAGAUAAAUCAGUUAUGCAAAAUGAAAACUUUAACAACAUGGGAAAUAAUAAAUUUGGUAUCAUAAACAAAAUGAAUAAUGUAAUACAUGACAAACAAGUAUAUAAUAAUAAGAGUAAUGAUAAUAAUAAUAAUAUUAAUAAUAAUAAUAACAAUAAUAAUAGCAACAAUAAUAAUAACAAUAAUAAUAUCAACAAUAAAAAUGUCAACAAUAAUAUCAACAAUAAUAAUAUCAACAAUAAUAAUAUCAACAAUAAUAAUAUCAACAAUAAUAAUAUCAACAAUAAUAUCAACAAUAAUAUCAACAAUAAUAAUAUCAACAAUAUUAAUAGCCAUAAUAAUACUGUUGUUGGUGAAUACAAUGAAAAAAAUUAUAAAGAUUUAUCAUUCGUUACAAAUAAUAAUGAACAUCAUGAUGGUUCAGUUAUUCCAAAUAAUUUUUGUAAUAAUUUUAGUAUGUAUUCAAAUAUGAUGAAUAUCCAAAAUGUUAAUGGUGAUACGAUAAAAGGUCAUAUAUCCACGACUUUUAAAACAAACUUAGAUCAUAUUGAUCCUAACAAAAAUGAGAUGAGUGUAUAUAACCAAGUAAAUGAAUAUGAUGUAAUUAAUGAAUAUGAUGAAAUGAAUGAAUAUAAUGAAAUGAAUGAUUAUAACGAAUUAAAUGAAUUACAUGAAAUUUUUGUUCGUUAUAAUUUCAAUUCUGAUAGUGAAGAAAAACCAUGUUUACAUGAACGUACAUGUAAAAUUAAUGAAUUUAUUACUGUAUGUACAAUAUGUCAUGAUUAUAUCAAUGAAAAUAUAGAUUGUAAAUUAGUUUCAUGUAAUAAUAUUGAAAGUGAAGAAAAUUUAGGUCAUAAGUUAAAUGAGGAGGAUGAAGAACUAUUAGUACAUAAUAACAAUAUAAAUAAUUAUGAACAAAUAUUAGUUGAAAAGGAAAAAAUAGAAAAUAUUCAUUUUGAUGAAAAUAUUUAUGAAGCUAUUCCAAUGGAAAAUCUUAAAAACAACCUUGAUGAUAGUAUUCCAAAAAAUAAUAAUAUUGUUAAUACGAAUAGGAGUAAUAAUGUUGCCUUAAAUUAUAAGGAUGCUCAAAAUAGUUGUUUGAAUAUAAAUUAUUCAAAUAAUGAAAAUAUUGUUAAUAGUAGCAGCAUAAAUAAUAAUAAUAAUAAUGAUGAUAAUAAUAAUAAUAAUGAUAAUGAUAAUAAUAAUGAUAAUAAUAAUAAUAAUAGAGGCCAUGAUUGUUUGAGCACAAAUAAUAUUUCUGUUUUAGAAGGAAAUGAAGGAGAUAUGAAUUAUAUAUAUAAUUCAUAUGAGGAAUUUUAUAUUAACAAUAAUACUAUGGAUGAUAUGAAAAAUAAUAAUAACUAUAUAAAUAAUCUCUUUUAUCAAGAACAUAAUAAUUAUUCAACGACUGCUGAUAAUUUUGCUUCUAACCAAACUCCUCUUAUGAAACAUCAGAAGUUUUAUUAUGCUGAAAAUAGUAAUAAUAAUUUUCUUAGUGAUUCUGCAAAUUAUGUAAAUGGACAAUCUUUCUCAAACAAUGAUGAAUUAUUUAAAAAUGAUUCCUUAUAUAGUGAUAAUAAUUCUCCUUUAAUUAGUAACAACAACAAUAAUAAUAAUAAUAGUAGUGAUAAUAGUAAUAAUAAUAGUAAUAAUAAUAGUAAUAAUAAUAGUAAUAAUAAUAGUAAUAGUAAUAGUAAUAGUAGUAAUAACAGUAUUAGUAGUAAUGCUAACCCAACGAAUAAUGACUGUAAUGAUAACUAUCAGGAAGAUUACGAUAACUUUAUUAAAUCAGAAUGUAAUAAUAAUUCUUGUUAUAAUAUAGUACAAAUUUGA